AUGAGCUUCCGGGGCUUCCAGAAAAGCGUCAUUCGGGCGCCGCAACAAUUCAAAGCCCGCUUCAACAUAGGCGAGCACACCAAGGAUGCCGUCUACAUCGAUUCUGAGCGCAGGUUCCAAGAGCUCGAGACCGAGACGAAACGAUUACACGAUGAGUCCAAGAAAUACUUCGAAGCCAUCAACGGCAUGCUCAGCCACCAGAUCGAGUUCAGCAAGGCCAUGAGCGAGCUCUACAAGCCCAUAUCCGGUCGCAUGUCCGAUCCCAUGAGUCUGGAGGUCCAGGGAAACCCCGAUGGCAUCCGCGCUUGCGAGGAGUACGAGGCCGUUGUCAAGGACCUCCAGGAAACGUUGGCGCCCGAGCUCGAGAUGAUCGAGAGCCGAGUGAUUCGACCCGCGAACGAACUGCUCGACGUUGUCAAGGUCAUUCGAAAGACGGCAGCGAAGCGCGAACACAAGAAGCUGGAUUACGACCGUCACCGCCAGACCCUGAAGAAGUUGCAGGACAAGAAGGAGCGAAGCGCCAAGGACGAGAAGGCUCUGUGGAAGGCGGAGAACGAUGUCGAGCAGGCCACCCAGGAGUUUAACUAUUUCAACGACCUCCUCAAGGAAGAGCUGCCCCGUCUCUUCGAGCUCGAGCAAGAGUUCAUCCGCCCACUCUUCCAGUCGUUCUACUACAUGCAAUUGAACAUCUUCUACACGCUGCAUGAGAAGAUGCAGCACUGCGACAUCGGUUAUUUCGACCUGACCCUCGACGUAUUAGAAGCAUUCAACAAGAAGCGCGGAGACAUCCAAGAACAGGCCGAGAAGUUGUCCAUCGUGAAGUUCAAGACCACCGGACAGAAGCGACCCCCAGUCAAGUACGGCACCCGACCUACCAUCGAAGGAAACAAGCCGCAAGCCCUUCUCACCGCCGGCCCCUCGUCAUCGGCCGCCUCCACAACAGCAACAACAUCGAAGUUCGGCGCAUACAACAAGCAGGCCGAAGCAGGCGAGGUCAACCCGCCUCCCCCGUACUCACCUCCCGCGACCAACGGAGGAACCGUCAGUCCCGGUCUGGCUGCCAUCGCCGCCGCGAAGUCCAAGCCGCCUCCACCCAAGCCCAAGCCCAGCCGUCUCAGCGGAGCACCCACUGUCGAGACCGUCACCGCCCUGUACGACUAUGCUGCGCAGGCGGAGGGUGACUUGAGCUUCCGAGCCAACGAUGUCAUUGAGAUUGUCAGCCGUACAAAGAACGAGAACGAGUGGUGGACUGGAAAACUAAAUGGAAAGUCUGGUCAAUUCCCUGGCAACUACGUGAAGCUGAACAGUUAA